AACUUUGUAAAGUCCUGAAAAAUUCUGCAUGCCGCUUCAAUGAAGCGCUUGGCAAGCAGAUGUGCUACACUGCGCCACGUAAACCGGCAGGUCCGCGAUGGCCGCCUUGCAUUUAGGCCGUUUUCGUGUGCGACAACUUUUUCGGCGGUGCGAACAUCGCACAGUUUCACUCCUCGUUCACUGAUGCCUGGCACAGUAGAGGUGUCCAAGCAGCGAUUUGAAGAGCUUUUGGAGUCUGAGAUGGUGCAUUUCGCACGGGCUCUACGGCCACAUCCCAUGACACUUCAACAAAUCCUGCAUCUCACGGAUCCCGCUGCCCUGCGGACCUUUCUUUUGGAGGAGCUGCCAAUUCGGUAUGCUCGACGUGUUCAGCUGGUUGAGUCUCUGCCCAACUGGAAAAGCUACCCCUCUAUGCGGAUGAUUCGUUCAUUGUAUGCCGAAGCUUUCCGUCGCCUUCGAGCUUUGACUCAAGACGACAAUGAGGACACCUUUCGAAGGACACUUCAGGAUAUCAAGAGGAAGAAUGCCAACAUGCUGUUUCAUGUCGUCAGGGGUGCCCGUGCAGUGCGGACGAACAAGUCUUUCACUGACGACCAGGUGAAUAGAUUUCUGGACGAGUUUUUGACUGCCCGUAUUGGGACAGACAUCCUGUCUUCGCAGUACCUGUCGAUUACAAGGCCUGAUUCGCCGACUUCAAUUAUCAAUCCAGAGUGUGAUCCGGUUACCGUUGUGCGAGCCGCUGCUAAUGAUGCAGCCACACUUUGCAGGCAUCACUAUGGCUGGAGCCCGCCAAUUGAUAUUGUAGACGUCGGGCAGGUUCGUUUUCCCUUUAUCUCCCAGUACUUGAACUACAUAAUGUUCGAGUUGCUAAAGAAUUCGUUGCGAGCCGUUGUAGAGAGGUAUGGCUCGAGGCAAGCUGCCGAGGCAUACCCCAUUCGCGUUGUGAUUUGUGGAGAUCAAGACACCGUUGUGCUGCGCGUGUCAGACUGUGGAGGAGGUAUCCCCUUGGCUGAUAUGGAUCAGGUAUGGUCCUACAUGUUCACCACCGCGAAACCAGCCUGCGAGGAGGUGGCAGCUGCAAAUUCAGCAAGCAGUGAGAGCGACGAUGAGGAUUCUGACGAUGAUGGAGUGGCGCCGUUGGCUGGUUUUGGCUGUGGCUUGCCAUUGAGCAGGAACUAUGCGUGCUAUGUCGGUGGAUGGCUGGAACUGAAUUCCAUUCCAGAGUUUGGAACAGAUGCGUAUCUGUACCUGAAUCGCUCGGGGAACGGGCAGGAAGCCUUGAGAACUGACAUUGCUGAAUUGCCAGUGCCAGAGUCGCUGCUGGCAAACGGCAACUCUUGCGAUGCUGGUGGUGGGGCACCGCUAGCUGCAGAAUUGUGACGAACAAAAAGUGAAA